AAUCGCGUCCAGUCGCGGAUCGCAGCUCUCGAGGUUCGGAUCGUCCUCGUCGUGGUCGUCGUGGUCUUUGCGUGUCUCUUUGUUUCUCGCCCCCCCGAUUAUCGUCGUGCAUUUUGCAUCGAUGCGCGGAGGGAAGAAAAUAGAAAAUAAGAGGGAGGAGACGGCGAAGAAGAAGAAGUUCGAGGAACCUCGCGCGUACACGGAGUAGUCGGCGUCGGUUAUUAUCGACGAUCGACGGUAUCAAUAGCUAUUUCAUUUCAUUUCAUUGGCGGCAUGUGCGCGCACUUAGCGAGUGGGGAAAUGUAAAAUAAAGUGGAAAAAUAGACGGGGAGGGAGAGAAAAAAAAAGCGGAGCGCAAUUAUUGGCCGCGGUUCGAGAUAAUAAGCCGCUUUCGGCGUAGGGAUAUAAUCAUAGCGAACGGUUCUUUUCCGAUACAGCGAACGUUGCAGAUUCGUCGGGACAACGAGUACGUCGGUUCGGUUGCGCCCACCUGGACGUCUCGGUAAAGCGUUAUUAUUUUUCGUGCCUCGAAAUCGCGCGUUACCACCACGUCGAAUAUCGCAAACACCGCGAACAACGAAGAACGCUAUACGUGCUUACGUCGAGUUUUUCCGUCGUUACCGAAACGCGGCGUAAGAAAAUAGGCGAAAUAUAAUCUCGAUCGAACUUCGCCCAUCCGUUCUGUGCAGUGAAAAUACCGUGGCCGACCGAUUCCCCGAUUGUUCGUGACUACCAAUAUCGCGGUCCAUAUGUUUGAAACGGAACUAUGGUGUUUGCCCGAUUUUUUAUUAAGAAAACACAGGAUGACGGGAACGCGGUACCAGGUCACGUCACGACGAGCAUGCUGUGUAUUCAAGAAGAGCUGGGGCAGCUGAGUGGCAUAGCCGGAGGGCUCACGAUAGCUAGUCCUCAUGAAAUUCCACUGCCCGAUAGCAGUAACACGGAGAGCGCAGAUAGCAAGUCCAGCGAAAGUACCACAAAGUGUUCUCCGGGCACCGGUACACUCGAUGCUCAAAGGUCUGGCUGGAUCGAAGGAAUUUUUGGAUGCCUGAGACCCGUCUGGACCAUCAUUGGAAAGGCUGCUGUCAAUGAAAUCAAGGGACAUCAGACCGAUGAUUGGGAGAUCCCAUUCGAGUCGAUCAGCGAGUUACAAUGGCUCGGGUCCGGAGCCCAGGGCGCAGUGUUCAGGGGAAAGCUCACCGGCGAAGUCGUGGCUGUUAAGAAAGUGAGAGAACCUCGUGAGACCGAUAUAAGACAUUUGAGGAAGCUCAACCAUCCAAAUAUUGUAAAAUUCAAGGGGGUCUGUACGCAUGCACCAUGCUACUGUAUAAUCAUGGAAUUUUGUCCGUACGGACCAUUGUACGACCUGCUGCGAGCUGGAGAGCCCGUCCCUCCUCCGAGACUAGUUUCUUGGGCGAAACAAAUCGCGGCCGGCAUGCACUACCUCCAUUCCCACAAAAUUAUUCACCGAGACUUGAAGAGUCCAAACGUGCUGAUUGGUCGAGGAGAAAUUGUGAAGAUCAGCGAUUUUGGGACCAGUAGAGAAUGGAACGAGAUCAGCACGAGGAUGAGCUUUGCCGGUACCGUCGCCUGGAUGGCUCCAGAAAUUAUCCGGAGCGAACCGUGCUCCGAAAAAGUUGACAUAUGGUCUUACGGAGUUGUGCUGUGGGAGCUCCUGAGUGGUGAGAUACCGUACAAAGAUGUGGAUUCGUCAGCGAUAAUUUGGGGUGUGGGAAACAAUUCCCUCCAUCUGCCGAUCCCUGCCAGUUGUCCGGAGGGUUUCAGACUCCUCGUCAAACAGUGCUGGGCCGCGAAGCCACGAAACAGGCCGUCCUUCAAGCACAUACUGAUUCACCUGGAAAUCGCAGCUGUCGAGGUUCUCAGCACCAAACCUGACGAGUAUUUUAAGACGCAGCAAUCCUGGAAAGAAGAGAUCAGGGUUCAUAUGAAACAAAUGCAAACUAAUAGUUGCAGUACUCCUCGGUUCGAGGCAGAUCUCAUAAGACGUAGGGAGGACGAGUUGAGACACGCCCAGGACAUCAGAGAACAUUACGAGCGCAAGCUCGAGAGAACUAACAAUCUCUAUCUGGAAUUAAGCGCUGUUCUACUGCAACUCGAACAGCGAGAGCGAGACGUAGUGAAGAGGGAACAGCAGACCGGAUACAAGCAGUGCAAAAAACGGUUGGUGCAUCCGUUGCUCAAGGCUCAAGAGAGGCUCCACCGUCGACGCAACCCAACGAUACCUGUGUCCACCUCUUCGACGCCUACGACGCCUCCUUCGCCUGUUGAAUCCCCCCAGAGUCCUGUAAAAGCAACUCUGUACACUCAAUUAAACGAAUCGAAUCAACCAGUCACGGUGUUGGCACCUGCCAACAGUUUCAAGCAGCGUAAAUACAGACAUCGGAGGGUGGGUUCUGGCUGCGGCGUCAGUUCGAGCCCGAGAACGAGUCCUCAUCACGAGAGGAAGAACGCUGACACAAGUAACCAUCGAUACGUCGACAGCCAAACUCAGACCGAAGUUUUGGAUCUAAGCGAAACUGAUCACAGUCCCGUUGGACAAACGGGCUGUGUCUCCGUUGAUAAAUUUGCAUUGGAACUAUCCAGUAGGCAAUCCUCUUCCCGACGAAAGUCAGAAUGUCUCAACGGCAACACAGUUACUUCCGAAACUCAUUACAGGAUGCAAUCUAGUCCUUGUUCGAGCCCUGAACCUCCAGAUGAAAAUCACACCAAUGGGAACGAGAGACUCAGAGAUUGUAGUGACGAUGAUAACCUAGAAACACUCGGUAGAAAAGUAAGCGAGAUUCUAAACGCCAACCGACUGAUUUCUUCUAUUGAUAACGGGAACUGCGACGAUGUCAUUAUAUCACAUAGCAGGAUCAAAGAGGAUCACAGAGGACAGCUCCCGGGACAGUUUUGUGGAGUAAUUAUUAGUGGGAACGACAUACACAUGGAUUCUGAUCGCGUAUCGAGACCAUGUUCGGACGGUAUGGACUCACUUUGUGACCACGAGGAUGAAGCGUGCGAGGAAAGUUGGUCCGACGAAGAGGGCGAGGAUCCUCGUUAUACUUACAACUUUUCAUUGAGACGUAGGAGUAUCGCCAGGAGGCCCAUAGGACCCGGUUGCAGAAUGAGGAGGUUCAAGCAAACACCUACCAACAUUGAGGGCGUACUCGCUUCCGACGAAGAAAACACUUCCGAAUACUCACACCCGCCAUCCAGUCAGUCAUCCACGUUGGAAAGCAACCCAGAGGUUCAGCGGGCUCUUCGCCACAUACAACAUUCGCAGAAGAGAAAAGGCAUAGACGACGACGGCACUUCGGACAUGUCGAGUCAAUCAGAGACCGACGAAGUCAGUGAUACAACGAUUGCGUCACAGCCAGCGAAAGCAUCUGUAAAAAUCGAAAGCACUGUCUAAGGUUUAGCUACUAGUUUAAUUAUAAUUACUGAUUUAUAGACUAUAUAUAUUUAAAGAGAUACAAAGAGCAUUACCAUAACAUGUAAAAUACUAGAUAAUGUAUGGUCGGCUGCUGGAUGACGGUGUCUGAUACAUUUCUGAUAUUCUUAAUGCAAUAAAUACUACGUUUUGUAUGGUUUGAAUGAAGGGUACAACAGAUAGUUCCGAAAGAAUAGUAUCGGUUGAUGAGACGAAAGAAGAUCGCAUAAAUCAAUUCUUGUAUCGAGUAUACAUACUCGAAUUUUAACAUUUUCAUUAGCGCGAAAGAAUGAAUCAGAUAUUAUACACUUGAAUCAAUUGAAAUUUCGUCAAAGUUCACUUUCCGGUAUUCGUGUUCUGAUAGAAUCCCGUUCUGGAUUCGUACCGCGGACUCGGGGUGCACGAUCAACGGAUAAACUUGAAAAACGAAGUGCCAUAUAACUAUGUAGCUAACGUAAUAGUAUAAAACUCGUUCGCCGAGUACGAGAAAAACUAACACCCUAUAUACCCGAGAUACUACUACGAAAAAAAUAACGCUAUCGGAAUUGUUUAUGCGAAGAGAGAAUAAAAAAUCAUACCACGGUCCAUAAGAUUCGCCAUUUUGUUUGAUCGAAUGUUGAUGCAGAUAGUCAUUUGUUUACGCGAACUUUGUUUGUUUUUUUUUUCCACGAACAAGAACAUAUUUGAAAUCUUCGUUAUCAUUUCAAUUUAGUUUGUAUUUUUUUUACAGUUCCUUUUAGCAACUAUUGUAGUCAGUGAAUAUCAUAAUUUUACGAUUGAAUUUUUUUUCAUGAAAAUCGAUAGCAUCACGUUCAUCUAGACGGCGGUCUUGAUCGAGAAAUCUAUUAUUUUGAGAGCGAUGUUUUUAUCACCGUAGAUUUUCACACGCCAGGUGCCUUAUUUAUCAAAGAAAGAACGAAAAAAAAAAAGAAGAAAAUAGUCUCGCUUGAAAUUUUUAACGUAGAAAAAUUAACUAGUUAAGAUUCCAAGGCUGCCUGUUAAACGUUAAACACAGUGUAGUAAAAUUACACUAAAGUACAAUCCUAUUUUCCAAAUUUGGAAAAGCUCAUCUAUGGUUCCGAUACCUUCUGUUGUACCCUGAAGAAUAUAACGUCGCUAAUGCGAAAAAUGAUAUGUAUAAACCAGUAGUUUCCUCCGAUGAUAGAAGAAAAGAAAAAAUUAGUCCUACGAUGUCGUGGUACAAAUAUGAGUGACUUGAUAAAAUAUAUAAAUAUACCUAAUAGUGAGUAAAUUAAUAAAAGUCAAUGAAAAUUUAGUAGAUAGUUUAACGAUGUGGAAUAGAAUAGCAGGUGGUACUUGGAAUCUCACUAAUUUCCCUUGCCAAAGCUGCAUAAAAAUAAUUAUCAAAUUUUAUUUUUUUCAAUUUCUUUGGAUAUCGGCAGCUGUAUUUACUCAGAUAAAAUUUUGAAAAAGGCAUAUUCAUUCUGACCAAGGGCGAUUGUCAGGUUUUGGUUCGUACAGGUAACUCGGUUCUUCGACGCAUCGAUUCAUCCCUAUCGUAAUAUAUUUAAACUUGUAAUCGAGUCAAAUCAAUCUGUAUAAUCUGUGUUGUACUUUGUGUUGUAGUAAAAUUCAGGAAAUGUAGCAUAUAGACAUCAAAUAAUUAUAAUUAAUUGUAACGUUAAAAUAAUCUCCAACGUAUACAUAGAUGUACGACACAUUGUGUAACAUUUACUCAUUCAACGGUGAUGAUAUUUAUUUUCACAAACCAUUUACUUUAACGAUCAUUGUUAUAUGGAACUACUUUGCCUCAUAGGUUAUUUAGACGUUUAAAAAUUAUAAAUAUACACAUAAAUCUAAGCAAAAGGCAAAAGCAAGAAAGAGCAAAAGAAACAUCUUAGCUGAAAAAUUUAUAAUCAUAUUUAGAUUAUACUUACAAUUAAUAAACGUUGCGACAAUAGACCUUUUCUAAUGAGAUCAGGCAGCUGUAAUCAAAGAUGAAAUUUAUUAUCGAGUAAAAAUUUGCAAUAUGUUUUUAAAAUUCAUUCACACAUUGUUUAAGCAUAUCUCAGUAUUCUCAUAUCCGUUACGAAUUAUAGAACAUUCCAUUAAGCGAAUUAGUUAACUUUUGAAAAUUGAAUGUUCAACCGCCAACACGAUCGGUGUAACGAUAUCUUAUUUGUAAUUAGUGAUUUCUGAUGCCAGAUUUCAGACGGACUCGUUAUAUCUUGUUUGAAAAGGCUCAUUACUCAAAAAACUAAGUAAAUAAAUUCAAAGAACUAAGUGCCUACAGGCAGUAAAUGGAAAAAGUAAAUUAUGCUUUGUACGGCAACUGUUAAAUUAGGAUUUAAUCAAGUCUAUGAUAAAGUGUGCAAUUGAUACCGCAAUUACGGGUACCAAGUGGCAAUAGGUGCCUGUCAUUCUAUUAUUCUGAACCAGCAUGUUACUUUAAGCUAACUUAUAUUACAAAACGAAGGAACAAUAACACAUGAAAAAUACUAUUCAUUUCAAAUUUAGUGUCAGCGGUACUUACUCAAGGUGCCUCCUUUCAAAUAUUUUCAGACAAACCGAUCAUCAGAAAUCUUGAUUUGCUUUCAUCUCGUGUACCUGCUUCGAAACUCAAAUUGCCUUAACGACAAUUAUUAUAACAUGUAAAUAAAGACAAUACAUUUACAAAAUUCAAAGAAAAAACAAACAAAGAAAAAGAAAGUAAGAAUUAAUGAUAAAUAUGAUACAAUAUAAUAUUUAUAUUAUUACGUAUAUGCUCAGCGAAAUUAAAUAAUUUUCCAUAUGUGUAGGCACAUAUUAUAACGGCCGUAAAAUUAUGUAUCCACCGAUUGUAUGCGUAGCGCCAAAUAGCCUAAAAAUCACUUCAUUCACAAAGUGGCAGCUAAAAACUGACUGGUUCUGUAGUCCUAUAAUCCUAGAUAUAGAACACAAGUUUGUGUGUUAGCUAUACAAUAAAAUUUCUUUACAUACAUGAA